CAAACAGCUGGAUACUCUGGAGUGUCUCGUGGCGGCGAUGCAACGAGACCGUCAGCGUGUGAGAGCUACGAGCCUCCCCCUCUCCAAUUCAAAGCAAGAAAAGGGCUAACGGGACCUCUGUAGUACGGAAAAGAAAAGACAGGAUUUGAUAUAGAAAUAAGGUUUCACCGUGUCCCGCGUGUGUGGAAUAGUUUUGAUAUAACGGUAACGUUACCAGAGUUGUGGAGGACAGGUCGGCAUACUCAGAGUAACCAACAAAACAUAAAACUUGCUAGCUAAGACCGAAGGUAAAAGGACACAUCUGUCGUUGCCAAUGUCCCAUGUAGCCUACUAUCCUCCAUCUUCAAGAAAAUGAAUCUGUCGGUGACAAUGCAGAUGUCAUUCACACUCAGUUAAAUGUUAGUACUACUUGAGCAGAUAUUGCUUGGCUGGCCGAAGAGGAAAAAGAAGAAAGGGGCUGCUCAAGGUGCUGGAAGAUGUCUCUCUGGAUGGUACUGCCUGUUAGCCUCCCAGUUCUGACCAUCACUGGGAUAUGGGUUGUGUUGUACAACCAGUCAUGUGAAGAAGAUCUGUAUUUGCAGAGUGGGCCAACCUUGUGCUGCACGCUAGACAAUGUACCUCUCAUCAGUAAAUGUGGGACUCUUCCUCCUGAGAGCUGCUUUUUCAGCCUAAUCUGCAGCACAGGCUCAUUCAUGGUUAUGGUGAUUGUGCUGCUCCGCUAUGCCCACGUCAUUGAGAAGCACCAAAAUUGUGUUCUCAACACGGCGAGUCUCUCCACAGGCUGGAUCUGUGCUGCUGGACUCAUCAUGGUGGGCAACUUCCAGGUGGAUAAUGCCAAAGUUCUCCACUAUGUCGGAGCAGGCAUCGCCUUCCCCACUAGUAUGCUGUUUGUGUGCUUGCAGUCAGCACUGACUUACCGACUGGCCAAGACCCAGGGGGAGUACAACAUGGCCCACCUCCGGCUCUGCAUGACCCUGCUGGCCUUCGGAGCCUUGGUGCUCAGUGGUGUGUUUUUCUGUCAGGAGAGCUUCGUCCUUCAACACGCAUCAGCAAUUUUCGAAUGGGUGUUCUGCGUCAUCAUCAUGCUGUUUUACGGGACAUUUGCCUUUGAAUUUGCCGGCAUGUCAUCAGAUACCAUGGUGGUGCUAGCUAGAGGGACCCUGGGACCUGCAGGGAGAGAACACAAGGUGGACACACUGGGAUCGCUGGGAGGGCCCAUUCCACACUCACAGCCACAUCCACACCAACCUGAAAACAUGUCCAUACUGUAGCCUGCUGGCACAUCUUGAUGCCACACAGCUGGCUUGUUUAUUCCUUUCAAACUCUGGUUGUGGAUUUAGUUUACUUAUAUAUUUCCAGCCACAUUUGUCUGAAGCUUUGAAACAAGCCAAGCUCAGUGUCUCUCAAUAACUUUGUAUUUUGUACAUUGCACAGGUGAGAAACCAAACUGCUCAGUCAUGUGACCAGCAGAGGAGUAGUUUGUCACUCAGAUCAAGAAAAUGUACUGUUCUCCUUUAGAUGCUGUAACCUGUUAUAAAUAAGUGGCCUUGGACCAUUUACACUUCA